GUUGGAUCCGGUCUGCUGACGUGUCGGCUCCGUCUGCUCAGUGCGCAUGCUCCGUCUGCCUCAGCUGCUGCAGAAUCAACAAAACUGCCAGCAUGGCAGCCAAACACUUCUACAAACAGGGCUUUUUAUUACUUUUAUUUAAUUUUAUCUCCACCGCAGCCUUGGAGAAAAGGUUCUCGGACCUGAAGAGAUGCGCCGAUGAGGAGUGCAGCAGUAAGUGUUCCUGGUUUUUGAGGAUCUUUGGACUUUAGGAUGCAGCAGCAGCAGCAGCUUCUUCCCAACAUCCCGAUAAGAGAGCUAACCAUAAACGGAACCUUAUCUCUGGACCUGUUUCAGGUCGAUCCCUGUGACCUGGAUGACCUGAUGAGGUUCUAGUUCUGAUGCUGUUGGUGUUGUUGACCCUCCUCAGGAUCAUGUUUCUAGUCUAGAAGGUUCUUGCAUUGUUUUGGCCGGUGUCCUGCAUCUCCGGCCUCAGACUGAGGGGCUAAUGUUAGCAGCUAAUUAGCCACAGCCGGUCAUAAUCAUUAACCUAAACUAUAAUUAACCUGAUAAACAAGGAAAAGACUCGUUAACUCUGUUGUUUUAGCUUUAGUUGGAGUUUUAACCGUAAUGUUAAUACUGAAUAACAUGAGCCUAGAUUACAGUUAUACGAGAUUAACUGAUAAGAGCUUGAGAUUAAACCUUAUUUGUAGGUUAUUUAGAGGAGAAUUAAAGUGACUCACUGAAUCAAAAAUACUUAAAUAAUCCACAGGGGGAUUAAUACAAAAACUCCGGUGCAAAUAAGCUAGAAUGGGGAGGUAAAUAAUAGAUAAAAUAAGUACAAAAUAAAGAGAAAAAAUUGAUAAAAUAAGUAAAAAAUAAAGAGAAAAAAUAGAUAAAAUAAGUAAAAACAAAGAGAUAAAUAGAUAAAAUAAAUUUAAAAAAAUAAAUAGAUUAAAUAAGUAAAGAGAAACAUGAAUAAAAUAAGUAAAAAAUGAAGAGAAAAAUAGAUAAAGUAAAAAUAAGGAGAUCAAUAGAUAAAAAGUAAAAAAUAAAGAGAAAAACAGAUAAAAUAAGUAGAAAGUAAAGAGAUAAAAUAAGUUAAAAAAAGAGAUAAUUUACGAGUAUGUACACUUUAUACAACACAAAAUAGUAAAAUAAUAAAAUGAUGUUUAGACAUGCUAACACUCCUGUACUCCAUAACUUAAUGUAAGUUAACUCAGGUCCAGUCUGAGGGGUCUGUACUACAGCUGUUAUUAUGAAAUAUAAACAAUUCCUCUGUGAAUGAUAGGAAGUUGUUUUAUUGACCACCUGUAACCAGGAAAAGUCAAUUAAGAGCCAUAAAACUGUGAAGAUAAGGCUCAAUAACACACAGACGACGAGUGAAGCUUUGUCUCAUUACCUGAACAGGUAAAAAGAGUGGAAACAGUUAUAAACAAUACUUAUAACGUUAAGAGGUUUUAUCUAGUGUUGUGCAUAAAUGGCUAUUAAUAUAAAGAGUAAUGUCUAUAAAUUCUCAAUCAAUAACCAAGAAUUGAUUUUUUUACCAGAUUUCCAAGUGUGAGUACUCGCUCAUUUUUAUGUCUUUCGCGUUCAGUUGAAUAGAGAAAAAUGUCAUAUUUAGAGUAAUAUAUGUAUGCAGAUACCAAACCAUCUUGAGUAUAUAACAUGACUUAACAGUGAACAAGAACAACCUUGUAUGUGAAACCGUAUCUUGUCUCAGUAAUGCCUCAUAUAUUUGUCUUUCACAGUGCUGCUGGUCCGAGGGAAAGCUCUGAAGGACUUCUCUGGACCCGACUGUCGGUUCCUGAAAGUCAAACAGUCAGAAACUAUAUAUGUUUACUACAAACUGUCAGGAAGAAGGCCUGGCAUAUGGGCAGGAAGUGUAAGUGGACCAUGAACAUGUUUGAUUUUUGUAAUGUUGAAGUUUAUCUAUGAACGCAUAAUCCUGAACACUGUCUCUGUAAAUCUGUUGACAGAUUGGGACUAGCUUUGGAUAUUUCCCAAGUGAUCUUCUUGCAGUAAAUCACAUUUAUACAGAGAAAGAAAUCGAAGUAGCUGCAGAGGUAUGAACAUGUCUUUUUUUAAACGUAAUGUGACUAAAAAUUCAACUUUCAAAGAUCAACUUUCUGAAAAUCUUUCUCUUUUCUAUUUCAGGAAACAGAUUUUGUCUGUUUCGACACCGGCUUCGAUAAGUUUAACAAUUAUGAUGUAGAUUCGUUGUUAGGAUCUUCAGCGGAGGAGGAUGAGGGUAAAAAUGAGGAGACAUCAGAUCAGACUGAAAAAGAAACUGAGAAUCAGGGCUCUGAUCAAGUCCCAGAUGAUCCAAGUGCCUCUUUACAUGAACCUGACACGACAUCUGAAUCAUCUUCAAAUGACCCAGAUACACCAGAUGCUGCUGAACAAGAUGGAGAUCACACAGAUCUUGAACCUGAAGGGCCAGAAACGGGUGAAACCAAAGACACUCCAGUGGAUCCUGCAGCCAAAGUUUCAGAGUCGGUCUCAAGUUCUGAGGGAGUCCAGAUCCCCGAGUUAAAAACCACUUUUGGAACAACUUUUGAUGCCGUCAUCUCUGAUGAAGAAAUCACCAAGAAAGUCACUCCAUAUGAAGAGGAGGACGGCGAGGAGGAUGAAACUCCUCCCACAGAUGAGACUGAUGAUGAUGAAGAAGGAACUCCUCUGAUCUCAUACUCCAAAGAGACGACAAACACUCCAGCCGAGGACUCGGUGAAAGUAUCUGAGGGGAAACAAAUCCCGGAGUUAAAAACCACGUUUGGGACGACUUUUGAUGCCGUCGUCUCUGAUGGAGAAAUCACCAAGAAAGUUACCCCACAUGAAGAGGAGGAGAGUGAAGACAUGGACGCUGCUCCUGAUGAAGAGGAUGUUAAUCUCAAAGAAGAAACUCCACUCCUGUCUUUCUCUGAAGACACCGGAAACACUCCUGCAUCUGAUUCAACCAGAGUAUCUGAAGGAACGCAAAUCCCUCGUUUGAAAACUACUCUAGCAACGACUUUUGAUGCCGUCGUCUCAGAUGGAGAAAUCACUCAGAAAACGACUCCAGAGGAAGAAGACCAGAGCCAGACAGUCGAGGAUCUGCCUGAAAACGACGACGAUGUCAAAGAUGAAACUCCACUUCUGUCGUUCUCUGAAGAUGGAUCUUAUACAGAAAACAUCUCAGAGGGAGUGAAGAUCCCCAGAGUGAAAACAAGCUAUGGAUCCACGAUGGACGCUGUCGUCUCUGAUGAAGAAGUCACCACAAAUGUUACACCGAAUGAGGAAGAGGAGGAAAGUGAAGAUACUGAGAGUCCUCCUGAUGAGGAAACUGAAGUUAGAGAUGAAACUCCACUGCUCUCCUCCUCCCAUGAGUCAGAAGAGUCUGUAGGAGCGUACACAGAAAAACUCUCUGUCGGAGCUCAGAUCCCAAAGUUAAAAACGAACCUCGGCUCCACUUUUGACGCUGUCGUUUCUGAUGAGGAAAGAACCAAGAAAACUUCUCCACAUGAGGAGGAGGAGGAGGAGGAGGAGGAGGAGGACAAUGAGAAGGCAGAUGAUCUUUCCUCUGAUAAGACAGAUGGUGAAGGAGGAACUCCACUUCUGUCCUUCUCUGAUCAACCUCCAAACACUCCAUCACCAGCUUCUCCUGAACAGGAUCAAAGUCCUUCAAGCACACAUGAGGAGAAUCCAGAGACAGCAGAGGAGAAGGGAAACAUCUGGACGACAUUUGGAGAUGCUGUUUUUUCAGUUGUUACUGGAGGAGAGAGGACAGAAGGAGAUUUCAGUUCAGAGGAAGAUGACGACGACGACGAUGAAGAAGAGAAAGAAGACACUGUUUCAGGAACUCCCCAGACAAAGGAAAAACCAGUCGUAAUGAGAGCAUCAAAAGACCAGUAUGCAGAUGAUGUUCCUCACCAUCUUCUCAGUAAGAAAGCUGAAUUAGCAGAUGACCAUGAUGACGAAGAUGAUGGAGAAGUGGUCGGGCCUGAGGAAGCUGGGAAGGAAACCUUAAAACCGACGGAUGAGCCGAUUCAGCAUCAAACAGAAGAGAAAACACCAGAGGAUCCAGAAACCAAAGAUGAUCGUCCUGCUGUUCCUGCAGCUCCAACAUCAGAUACUGGAAAACAGAACCAGCCUGAAGAGAAGAAGAAGGAGGAGGACUUGAAGGUCAAGGUUGUCAGUCAAGAAUCUGACAUUCCUAAAACUGAAAAGAGUCAAGAAAAGCCAUCAAAGACUUCAGAAGUCCACGACAAAGAGAAGAUGGUGGCUGACAGCCUCCCUAAUGAGACGUAUAAACGAGUGAUGACAGAGAGUGAAGACAUCCAUCCACGGUUAUCAGAACCAGAGGAGGAUGAUGAUGAUGAUGAUGAAGAGGGUUUAGAGGAACUUUUCCCAGAUAUGAAAGAAGAAGAGGACGAUCCAGAGGUGUUGGAGUUGGACGAGGAACUUCUUGAAGAUGAAAACGCACGUUCUUCCCCGGAGCCGGAGUACAGCGACAGCAUCAUGAGACUCACUCUUCUCCGCCAACACUUGGCAGAGGAGAAAAUGGAGAAGGUCCUGAAGCUUCUGGGGCUGAAGAAUCUCUUCAAAGUGGAGGCCAUGUUCUCCGACAUGGACACAGAAAUGAAGGCGACUCGUCUUUCACUUCAGAGUAACACUCAAGAGAUCGAGAGCACGCUGGAGGGCAUCCUGGAAGCUUCUGAGAACACAAUCCUGGACGAGAUCGAGAAGAUGCUGGACAGCCGCAACACGAAACACAACGACGAGCACGCGGACACGAGCGGUCUGGAUGAAGAGACGGAAAUACUGGACGAUUUCCAGGAGCUGGCAUUCAGUUUACGACAGAAGUAUUCGACAGCCAGCGACAGCACGCCUUUGGCGGUUGAAAAAACAGCAGAUACUGACAAAGGUGAGUUUGGAGUUUGUGGUUCUGACAGCUGCAGAAUUCUGACCCUGUUUUAGCUGCUGAGAUCGGACCAUCAGCAUCUGGUGCGCAGAGAAAAUGAGUCCAGACUUUUUCAGGAACAGCUGUUCUCCAGGCGCCGCUGAGAUGAGAGUCGAGUUAUUUUAACAGGAUCAAUCUUAUAACAUAAUAGGGAUCUGAAGUGAAUAUUGUGAUAUUUAUUGUUAAACAAAGAACCUGUUUUCAUUUCUGUUUUUCAUCUUUUUUGUUGUAGAUGAACUUCACAAACACGACAUGACUGAAGAAGACAACAUGGUCAAUGUCUCUGUGGCUGAAAGUGACGAUAACCUCACAGAUACGGACCAUGUGAAAAGGCCGGCGGACACCACAGAAGAUCAGGUGGUUUGGGAUGACAUACACAGUGGACCAGACGUCAACAUGCAGGAAGACAGCGGACAUUUUAAUAAGAACAAAGACAACAAGCCGAGCUUCAGCGUCUCAGAAGAAAUGCAGAGAGUUCCUCAAGACACCCUGGAAAACCCUCUGGACAUGGGCCUCGGUGUGGAGGUCGAGCAUUCGUCCUCUGGUUCCUCAGGUAAUGAUCAAUAAAUAAAACAUCACUGAUCACUGUCAUACCAUAUAGUAGUAUAAUCUCUGUUAUAUCCCAGUAUGAUACUCUAUAUCCCUAAUACUCCUAUAAUACUGACAUUUUCUAUUCAUCAGCGCUCAGUGCUCAGAAGCUUCUUAAACUCAGGAUCACAGAUCAUGUUUGCUUCAGUCUUAACUAACUGUGAUAAAACAUGAAAAUGCACUAAUUUGGUAUUUUUUCUUCUUCUAGGAUCUUUAGACUCUGUGGACCCAGUUUCCAAAGUUAAUGAUGAAGAGGGAUUAAUGUCAACAGGAGUUGUUUACAUGAGCUGCAUCCUUUCAAUGAUGACGACAAAAUUUACCGAGUGGACCACAGUGGUAAGUCUCUAAAAUCAGAGCUCUUUUGAUGAACUAAAUUCUUCUUGUUACCUGAACUGUGUGUGUUAUAGAAAUCCUUUUAUACAACCUAUACAAGUGUUUUGGAUUUCUCUCAGAAUUACACUUCCACCUUAAUCAGUACCUCCAAACCACUGGGCUGUGGACCACUAAAACUCCCUCCCUCCUCCUAAAGUAAAUUUAAUUGGAAAUACUUUUUAUUUUUGUCAUUUUUACUUAUAAUGCAGAAAUAUGUCAUCAAAGUUUCUGUACUUUUAGUAGGUUACAAUAGCUCAGUUCUCUUUCCCACCCAGGAGAGGUAUUUCUGUUCAUAUCAGCCUCUCAUAGCAGCUACAAACUCCUUACAAUCCCUUUAAGUUGAAAGUAACAAUAAACAUACUCUUCAUGUCUGACUAACAUUUCUUUUCCUCUGUCGUUACUCUUUAAAAAAUAACAUGAAUAACACUCAACAUUAAAGGAAUAUUCCGGUGUAAAAUUAAUUCAGGGUCGAACACACCGUAACACCAGAGAUGAAUGUUGCCGACCGCUUGCUUCUCUAGUUAUACCAACUUUAGUAACGACCGCAGGAUAGAAAUACAGAGAGUCACGCUCUCAACCAAAACACCACUCUAUAGCCACAAAUAAUGCUCAGAACAGCACCUAACUUCAUCAACAGGACAUAUAGGGUCACAGACAUAGUACUAGACACCAAACAUCUUUUUAACUUUGACUCAUUUCUUUAGCAAAGAGACUAAACACAACUCACCUACUCUCUUCCAGCAGACGCUUGUUUGUAGCAAGACCUCAGGCUAGUCCAUUAUGGACUACAGUGGGGUGACACAGCUCAAGGAAGAACAUUUAUGAUCAUUUCUUUAUCAUUUCCUCAAAGUAAUAAUCAUCAUAUUAAUCAUUUUGCUCUGUAGACGCGGUAGUUCUUCUGCCUUAGCGUCUCGGUCUGAUUGUAUUUCCAUGAAAAAAUGUUCUUUCUUGAGCUGCGGCACCCCGCUGUAGUCCGUAAUGGUAAAAACAAUACUGUUGAUGAAGCUAAGUGCUGUUCUGAGCAUGCGGUUGUGGCUAUAUAGUGGCGUUUUGGUUGAGUCUGUGUAUUGCUAUCCUGCGGUCAUUACUAAAGUUGGUAUAACUAGAGAAGCAAGCGGUCGACAACAUUCAUCUCUCAAGGGGGUGUCUUAACUUGGUGUGUUUGACCCUUAAUUAAUUUUACGUCGGAAUAUCCCUUUAAAGGCAGUUCUAAGACUGUUGAAUUCACGGUUUAAGCUUAUUUGAGUUAGCAGUUUUUUAAAGGGGACCUUGUAAUCAUUGAUAACUCCAGAUUCCGUAGUUCCCCUAAACGCAGCACGGCCCUCCCUCCGUCUUGUUGACGGUUAGACUGAAGUUCAGAUCAGCCGGUGUCGACCUGUCUGCUCUCAGAACCGUUCGGCCUUAUUCUGACAUGAGGUGGUGGACUAAAACCGUAACAUGGACUCUCCUUCUCCAAGUUCUCCAAGGAUCUAACCGUCUUUGUUUGUCCGGGGUUUGAAGCUCCAGCUCGGCUAACGUCUCCUCUGAUGAUCCGCUGAUCCGUGAAGGCGGCUCGACGGCUCAGUCCAAAUCAUCGAAACCGAAGAUUAAACCUGAAACCCGUCCGUUAAACAGGACAAUGUCGGUGUUUUAACGUGUUUAUAGUUUAAUUUUUAACGCUAGCUAAAGGCUAACAGUAUACACAGAGAUAAGGCUGAAGCUAACGGUUAGGAGCUAACAGGCUAAUAUCUGUCAAAGUCCCUUUUUUAAGCUAGUUCCGCACUUGUUCUGUCAAAGACCUUCAUGGAGACUGAUCUCGGACCCAGACCUCUCAUGGAGCCCGAUCAUGUUUACGUGUUUUUUCUAAAGCAGCUUCAACAUGUGAGUGAAACCUGAAGUUAGUGUCUGAUAUCUGCUGACGUGGAUCAAACUCACCUCAACUUCUCCUCUCCUCCUCAGGUUAUCUCAGCUGUUUUUGUUACAGGUGUGUCAGACUGUAAACACAGGUGUUUAUAAAGAGGGUCAUUUUAAUCCAUUCAGAUCCAGCAGGGUCACAGAGUCCGGUCUUUGUGCUUUCAUGGAGGAAAAACUGCUGAAGCAUCUUAAUCCCUCAGGCUACAUGAGAUCAUGACAACACUGUGUGUGUUUCUUAGAUUUUAAAGGAAAGAUGUGAGGAAAUUAUUAACGCAGCACGAGGUGAAGGUUUUUAUAAAAGACAGAAACAGAGAAGAGCUUUUAAAGGAAAUGUUUAGAGGUCAAAAGAGCUUCAGAAACACUUGUAGUUCAGGAAAACAGCUUUAUUAGACCGACGCGUUUCAUCAGAGUCAUCAGAGAUGUAUUAAAAACAACACUUAGAUUAGUGGAACAUCAGUUUGGCUGAUUCAAUCUUCCCCAAUUUCAAACCUACCUUGUCUAUUUGUGUGUCCCAAAUCGCAUACUUCCAUACUAAAUACUUAAAAUUUUGAGUAUACUCACGAAAAAUGGAAAAAAAGUAUGGAUAGUAUGCGAAAUUUGAGGUUGCAAAAGUACCCGGAUGACGUACUCAAAUCGGUCAAGAUUUUGAGUAUCCGACUGUGGACACUCGCCCAAACUCAUUUCAUCGGUAAGAAUGGCUGCGGACGGCUGUGGUGUCAGUGGAAGAAAGAAAUCGCGUUGUCAUUUCCAGUGAGUGCGCCGCGAGGCAGUAAGCAAUUUCCCGAAUCGCAUGUUUUCUAUACUAAACAUACUAUAUUUGAAAACUGUUAAGUAUUUAGUAUGGAAGUAUGCGAUUUGGGACACACCACAAGUGUUUUUAAUACAUUUCUGAUGACUCUGAUGAAACAUGUCGGUCUAAUAAAGCUGUUUUCCUGAACUACAAGUGUUUCUGGAGCUCUUUUGGCCUCUAAACAUUUACUUUAAAAGCUCUUCUCUGUUUAUGUCUUUUCUAAAAGCCUCUUCCUCGUGCUGCAUUAAUAAUUUCCACACGCCUUUAAAAACCAAGAAACACACACAGUGUUGUCAUGAUCUCAUGUAGCCUGAAGGAUUAAGCUUGUGGUCUUCGUCAGAGUCAUCAGAAAUGUAUUAAAAACAACACUUAGAUAGGGAAGGUUUGAAAUAUGGGAAGAUUGAAUCAGACCUACCGUAUCUAAGUGUUGUUUUUAACACAUUUCUGACGACCCUGAUGAAACGUGUCGGUCACUUAAGCUGUUUUCUUUCAGAUUCUUUUUCUCCAAUCAUCUUAGAAGUUGGUGAAGUUGUGUCAGAAUUUUUGUCAUUUUAAAGGAAAUGUUUAAAAAUCAUUAAAUGGGAGAGAGCGGAGAGUUUGAGCCGACCUGUGUUUUAUUUAGCGAGUCUGUUUCAGGUGAAAACUGCUUCUCCAUGUUCUGGUUCUGACUCGGAGUCCUGUCCUCGAACAGCGCUCUGUUGAUCCGUCUGUACUUCACGAGGAGAUCAGUUUUGUGUUCUGGACCUGAACCAGUCAGUGUAAUUUUAGACCAGAGCUGCAUUAGAUUUGCAGACGUACCUGUGAGCUCCUGACUGAACGGCCUCAUGGUCAGGUCAAAGGUCACCUCUCAGUAUGACUGCGCAUUUCUGAAGCGGUUAGAUUACAGUUCAGUCUGACUGUUGAUAUGAGAGGUACACACAGCUGUGGUGUCACACCUCAGACUGUAAAAGACCGUUAAAUAAAUCAGUAUUAUGUCAUUUCCUCUCAUGUUUUCAUGCUGCAUGUUCAACAACGGAUGUUUGAUUACAGGAAGAUUGAGAAAUAACCGACUUUAUUUUAUCUGUACGUCUGUUUUAUGUGGUUUUUUGGGACAUUAUAAAAGCUGAAGGUGACUGCAUACAGUUAGUACGGUGGCCAAGAACCGCCACUGCUGAAAAUAAAAAAGAAUGCAAAAAAAAGAAGUUACAACGGAAGUUACCGGUGAAAAAAUUAAGGAACCGAAGCCUGCUGUAAAUUAAAAAUACAGUGCAGAUUUUUAGAAAAAGCCACAACAGAAGUUAAUGAUGCAAAAAAAGUGGUGAUUCCAAAAAAAAAAAAAAAAAAAGUUACUUGCUGCAAAAACAAAAGGAUGCAAAUAAAAACAGCCACCAAGAUUGAAAAAAAAACGAGGGGUAUAAAAAAUAACCUUUCCACGAACUUCUUUGUUCGUCUUCUCACCGUUUUUUCUGUGCCUAGAUCGUAAAACACCGGUGCAUCAACAUUAUUGGUCCCCGGCAGCUCACUUCUGUUGUGGCUUUUUUAUUUGCAUCCUUUUAUUUUUACAGUAAGUCACUUUUUUUUGCAUCACCGAUUUUUUUUUUUUGUGUCGUUAACUUCCAUUGUGGCUUUUUCGGAUCUGCACCAUUUCUUUUUUUUUGCAUCAGUAACUUCCACUGUGACUUCCUUUUUUUUCAUUCUUUUUUAUCUGCAGCAGUGGCCGUUCUCGGCCUCCGUAGCACAGAGUUACAGUCUCUCUUCAUUGUUGGUGGUCUGUAAAUCGGGGGAGGGGCUCUGCUGUGAGGAUGAACCUCCCUGAUUGUUCCUCUUUGAUAAUUAUUAACCGGCCUUUUGUCAUGACUGAUAAUCACUCUGUUACUGUUCAUGGAUGUCAGGAGAAACCCCUCUUAGUUGGUGUUAUUUAACAAACUCGAUGGUCCUCAGUCUGUACACGAUCGCUCUUCUUUAACGCUCUUUUACUCUUUAUUUCUUUAGAUGAUUUCUCUGCUGCCUGAUGACUGGAAACCUGGAGAAACUUUGUACGGCUGUCCUUGGCAGGCUGUUGUCACCACGGCUGUGAUUGGAGUGCUGACCUUUACCCUCUUCUUUUGGAGGACCGUGUUGGCUGUAAGUCUUUUACUACAGCUUCUCUCCUGGCUGCAUGAAUAAUAAGUUAUUAUGUUAGCUUAAAAGCUUAGACCGAAUAACUCCAGUCUGCUCGGAUCAACACGACGUUUACUGAUCACGUUUCUAAACCUUUUCAGGUGAAGAAGAAACAGUUUCUGGGUAAGUCUGCUCAGAUUCUCACCUUUUUAAAACACAGAAAUGUCAAAUGUGACUCGCUGUGUAAUACUCGUGUCAUUAUUUUUGUGUACAGUGGAUGAAAAAAAGCUUUCAGAGCAAAUUCAGGCGUUCAGAAAAGAGAAGGAGGAUGCCCUCACCAGAAUGUCCGAGCUCCAAAAACAGGUGAGCAGCGACAGAAACGUCAACAAAACUCCGACACGCCACUCUGAAACCGUCUCUAAUGUUUGAUUUUUGAUUUUUCAGACUGAACGGCUGAAGGAGAAACAAAAACAGUCCAAGGAGGAGGUCAGCUGUUCUGUGAAGAGAGUCCAAGACCUGGAGGUGAGGAACAAAGAUUACAGUGUUUGUAUUUAUUUGUGAAAGGAAGAAGCUGCUCCAUCUUACCGUCUUUGUCUUUCAGAGUAAAGUUCUGGAGGCUGAAAAACGAAAUGAACGAAUCGCCGAAGAAAAGAACAAAUACGCCAAACUUCUCCAAGAGGAGCAGGAGAACUCUCAGCGGAACGGAACACGAGUGAGUGUCGAUAUUUCUCCUCUUUAUCUCCUCCGACUUUGGUUCACAUCUCAGAUUCAGGAAACGAAACUGUUUCUUCAACAGAUCGAAAAAUUAGAGAAGGCGAACGAGAAGCUGCAGCUCAGCAGGAAGAAGAUUCAGGACGUUCUCGCUAAGGUACCGGUCCUCGAUUGUACCGCUUGUACAGAGUCUGUUCUUCCCUAUAACCUCCUAGAUUAACUUGAUGUGUUUCCUGCAGACCACCGUGCUCCUCGAUGAGGCUAAAAUCCGUGAAGAUGCUCGAAACGCUCAUCAGAAAUCUCUGGAGAAGGAUUUUACUGCACUGAAAGAAGAAAACAAAACAGUGAGAAGACUUCUCUGCGUGUUUGGAUGUUCUUAUGAUCUCUAAAACGUCUAGAUCGAAGGUUAGAUUCUGUUCCUCUGACGGUUUCUCCUCUUCUCGCAGCUCAAAGCGAACAUCAAGUCCUGGGAGGAGAAACACAAGGAGCUGAAUGAGCAGAUCAAAGUCUACCAGAAGUCCCAGAAGGAGCUGGAGGACUCGGUGGUGCUGAAAGAUCACAACGUGGAGGUCUGGACUUUCUCUCUGAUUCUCUUUUCAGCUUCAGAUGUUUCUUCUUAAAGUGAAUCAGGUUCUGACCUGGUCUCCCUGCAGGUCCUCUCUGAACUCCUGGCAGACCUGGACGCCUGCGACUCCCAGAAAGGAGACGCCAAAGUAUUAGCCAACGGAGAAGUCGCUCCUGGUUUGUUCGACACUUUCUUCAGUGUAGAGAUUAAAAAAACAACCACAUGAUGCAUAGAUGUAGUCUUCAUAGAUGCUUCUUAACGGGUCGUUUAUGAACUUUUCCAGAUAAGAAGACCGCCAUAAAGAACCGGAUCAAACAGAUGAUGGACGUUUCUCGGGUAUGACGUGACCAGAUGGCGUUUAAAACACAAAUACUGAAUCUAGACGAUCUCUCCUUAUUAACAUAAAUAUCUUUUAGGUCCAGACAACUCUGGCUGUCGUGGAAGAAGAGCGAGAUCGCUUCAUGUCCAAACUGAUGAACGAAGAGAAGAGCAGGAAAUCACUGGAAGGUAUUUUCAGUCCUGAUGGAUUCAGAAAAAAGAGUUUUUUAAAAAGUCAGGAAGGAAAAACUGAAUAAAUGUUUCUGACGACAGAGCAACACCAAGAGCUGGAGCAUUCCAUCGCAACGCUUAAAAGUGAGAAGAGCCACGUGGAGAACCAGUUCAAGAUCCUCCAGCAGAAGAACGAGAUCAUGGUGGAGAUGUAUCAGCAGAAGGAGAACGCUCUGCAGCAGUGAGUGACGCUCUUUUUAGGAGUUUGUAAAGUUCUGUUCAGUCUGCAGCUCGUCAAACGUUCGUCUGGUCUGACAGGAAACUCACGAAGGAGGAGCUGGAGCGCCGCAGCAAAGAGAGCAUGCUGUCCGAGGUGGGAGGGAAAGCCGUGGAGGCGGAGGAGCAGGUCAAAGUCUUACGGCAACGCAUCAAUGAGAUGGAGGAGCAGAUGAAGAAGACGGAGGUGGUCUACAAAGAACAGGUAGACCUGAUGGGACUCUGUGAGCCGGUACAGUCUCUGAUCCUGAGGAAACCUUGAGUUUUAACUGAUUUUAUAUCUGCUCCGUCUGUUUCAGAUAAAAGAACAAGAGAACAAAACUCACUCCAACUGGGUACGUCUUAUCAUCACGUGGUUUUUAAAGAUGGCGGUCAUGAGCAGAGGGGUUAAAUUUCUCUGUUUUCAUCUUUGCAGGUGAACGCUCGAAACGCAGAGCGAGCGCUGAAUCAGGAGAAGCUGGAAUCAUCGAAGCUCAAAGAAAAGUGAGUGAAGGAAACGCUGAGCAGAUGUUUUUGAGUUUGUUUGUUCGUUUAGUUCUUAGAAAGAGGAACUCCACAUCGUCCGACUUUAAUAAAUCAGAGAUAAAAACCUUCGUUCACGUUCAGCUGAUGUUUUUCUGACCUUCUCGCAGACUCGCCGUGCUGACCUCCCAGCUGAACGAGCGCCGCGCUCCUCUCUUCAGACCGAACUCGGGUCAGCCUUCAGGUCCUCGCCAAGGUAAGGAGCUCUCUCAGAUGUUCGCUGAUGUUCUGGACCUUCAGAGGAGGGUUUCCUCUGAUGAAGUCCUGCAUGUCUCUGUUGUGUUAGAUUUGUGGGCAGUUGUGUAGUUGUGUGUUUGUGUGUGUUUGUGUUUGUUGAUGCGGACUCUCUCUGAACCUGAACCAGGACUUCCUCUCUGCAUAGAUGUUGGGUUUUUGCUGUUUCUUUCUGCUCCUUUGGUAAACGGAUGGUUUGAUCAUGACAGGUGACUCAUACGGGCCCUCCCCUGUGAGUGGGGGUGCUCCCUCUCCUCCCAUAAUGAUAGAGGGUCCCAGGCGCCCCCCCUCUGCCCCCGUGGGGCGAAGAAUUGACCCGUACGGUGAGUCCCGGUGGUUUUCCGGUCGGACCUCCUGUGAUCCUUUUCCUCCUGACUCCACUCCUCCUUCAGCUCCUCCACCUUCUCCUUCAGUUUUCCUCCUUUUGUUUCUCCUCAGUGUUUCUCACGUCCUUCAUCUUCUUCUUGGUUCUUCUGUUUGAAGCUUCUUUGUCAUGUUCUUGUUUGUUUGAUCAGAAAUGUUCUUAUUUUGACAGACUUGUGUUCCUGUUGAAUCCUCUUUGUUUCUUAAAGCCCCUAAAAACACAUCAGCUAACAUUAAAAUAUUAUUAUGAUUAUUAUAAAUCGAUUAUAAAUCUAAAAAAGUCAUUGAAAGAUCGAUAAUUAAAUUAUAUUCAUGAUCCUAUUAAACUGUUUUGUCCUAAAAACUUCAUAAAAAGACGUUUUUUGGGGUUUUAAAGUGAUCCACGACACUUUCAUCCUCCACUGUUGUCCUCAAAGACCAAGUCUACGUUCACGCUGCAGGUUCUGAUGAACAAUUCAGAUUUUUUAUUUAUCCGAUCUUUUUGUGCGUUCGUUCACAUGUGUCCGUGAAGUGACCCGCAUGCUCACAAAGCACAUAUCGCUCUCCGUGCCUGUUUGUGUUGAACAACGGUGACGUUUGUCGCAUAUUGAUGACGUAAAGGAUCGGCUGAACGGAUCAGAACCAAUCAGAAUUGACCUGUUCACACUUAGAUGAGAAAAUCAGACAUGAGUCACAGAUGGUUAAAACAUCAGAACUGACCUGCAGUCUGAACACAGACUAAGUGGACCGGUCUUUGUCCUCAUUAUGACUUGGUUCCUCCUGAAAGUUGAAGGUCCAGUCUUGAAGGAUCUCCUUCCUCAUCAUGUCCACUCUCUUCCUCUCGUAGGUCCUCGACCUCCAUCAGACCCUCACGGUCGUUACGCUGAGAACAAACACAUCUCUGGGAUGGGUACGUCUUCAUGAGUCUUUGUCAUAUCAGGAGGUCUCCUUCACUGAAACUUUGGUCCAACUCCUCUGUUUCUUCUCUUUCAGACAUGAUGGGCCCUCGCAGCUCCUCGCCCGCCAACAUGGACGGAUCUGUAAGUCUUUAAAUCUGAUCAGAGUCAGGUUUUCACCUCCUCCCUGAACUCCCGCCUUCAUUCCCUCCGUGUCUGCUCUUACUUGAAAACAGACACAGGCAGUAGAUCCUCAGAUAAAAGCCGAGACUAAGGCUGAGGACUCCAAAGACAGUCCAGAGCCUGUGAGUAUAGAUCUGGUUCAGGUCCAGGUGUGACGGUGUGUGCCAGGAUCUGGAUCAGGGGAGACCUUUAGUUUCACGGGGGCUGACUAAACUUUGUGGGCUGAGUGUGGAGACAGGUUUUUUCUCACAGCAUGGAGGACCCGGGUCACAGAACCAGAACUUAGACUCUAAUGUGUGUUUGAUCAAAUCUGGAUCUGUGACGGUCUGAGGAUCACAAGGGUCCGGUUUAGUCCUCAUCCUAAUCAUCCUGGUGUGUGGUUCCUGGUCAUGUGAUUGGUCACUAAAUGCACUUCCUGUUGGCGGUGAAAUUUGUGGAUUUUUUUGAUGCACGUCUAAAAUCAGAGUCCUUCUUCUCACUGACCCGGUUGAGUCUAAAAACCCGGUCCAGGACUUGUUCUGACUGUCUGUCUGUUUUCAGGGUCCUGGAUCCUUCCUAGUAUCUCCAAUCAGGGACUCACCAGGUCCCAUGGUCCAAGGACCCCCACCUGGCCCUGGACCGCAUGACCAGAUCCUCCCUCCUGGACCCCACAGCCGUCUCCCUCCUCCUGGUCCUUACAGACCUCCACGACCAGGUCCCUACCACCUCCCACCAGGACCUCAUGGUCCUCCCCCUCCUAAUGUACCUCCUCUUCAUGGGCCUCCACUACCAGCCAAUGGGCACCCGGGCAUGCCUAUGCCUGGACCAAUGGGAGGGGAGUAUGGACCCCGGCCCACCAAUGGACAUGUGUUCCUUCCCAGGCCAGGUCCUGGACUCGUCAUGGAUCCUCGGGGUCCUCCACCGCCACAGUUCCGUCCUCCUCCUCAUCACUUUGGACCGAUGCCUCCGCCACACGGUGGGUCGUCCUCUCUGGGACUUAAAGACUUAGUUUAUGUUUGGACCUUUAUGUGUGACUCUGCAGAAGACAGUGAUCCGGUUUCUCCCUCAUCUGGGUGUCACCAUAAAAUCAGAUCAAUAAUAAUAAUGAUAAGAAGAAGAAGAAGAAGCAGAUGAUAAUAAUAAUGAUAAUAAUAGUUAAAUAAUGAUAUUAAUAAUAAUAAUGAUAAUAAUGACCUGACUAUUUCCUGAAAACUGUAGAUGUAGACCCGUACCUUCAGACCGGAGAGUUUUGAUCUUUUUCGUGGACUUGGAUGUUUUCUGGCGUCUCACUCGUGUUUCUUUCCAACUGUUGUUCCAGGUAUCCGGGGACCGAUGGGGCCCCGUCCACCCAUCCCUCCUGACAUGCGCUUCCCAGGCCCACGUGACCCCAACGGCCCCCCAAUGAACCUGCCUACAGGUAUCCCUCCCCACCCUGCACAUCACGGAGAUCCUUACGGUCAGGCUCCGCCCGAUGCCCUCCAGAACUCAGCGGGUGCUCACAGCGGCCCCGGUCAGGGUCCGAAUGUGAAGCAGGAGGCCCCUCAGGACUCAGGGAGGCCAGCAAUGGUCAAGCCUUAAACGUGCCAGCAGCUCUGGCAGAGGACUUGAACUUCCCCCGAACCCAUUUCCAACCCCGAUCCAGUCCAAGCAUAGGUCAUGAUUAUUUUCAUACUUAAUAAAAAAAACUGCAAAGGUGUUUGUCUUAAAGAAAAAACCACGGUCCUGAAAUUAAAGCAGCAUCAAUCAUUCUGUGUCUGAAAUCUGCAAGUUUGAAGGGUGACCACUUUUAUAAACAGCUUCUUCUUGUGCAAUAAUAAUGAUAAUAAUGAUAAUAAUUCAGUUUACGCCGGAGGAACUUCAUCUUUGUUGAUCUUCACAAAAAAAUAUCGCUUUGAUUUUUAAGGGGCAAAUUUUUUAACGUCAUUUCCUGUGGAAAUUAUUUUAAAAAAAGGAGGAAAGUUUUAGCUUUUAGCAUUUCAUCAUUUCCAUCAUCAUCACCCCAAAGCUGUUGCUUCAGAGCCAACUGUAAAGCAAAUGUGUAAUUUGAUGGCCAGAUGUAUAACUUAUUUUACUAUAUUGGUAGAACUUUUAUUAAUAAAGAAUGUAAAAGCUGA